AUGGAUAAUGGAUAAAUAAUUAACUUAUAAGAUUUCAAUGAGAUUGAGUGUGAUGAAGAAUAUAUUGCAUUUAGCUUUGGCAACAACAAUAAAAAACUCAAGAAUUAUGAAAAAGCUUUAGAAAAAUUCAAAUCUUCCAUUUAACAAGGCCUCAUCUAUAUCAAUAAUAACUUUGAUUUUUUCAAUGUCAAUACAUCACAAGAUGGGGUCCUCAUAGAUGAAUACAAUAAUAAGAUUGAUGUGAUUGAUGAACAUAUUAUUGGCACUUAGGUUGUGUUGAAAAAAGAUAGAACCCAAAUAUUGAAUGAUAGAAAAAGACAUUUAAUCAACAUCGAUCCUUAUUCUUAUAAAAUAGAGGGCAAGCUUGAGGAGAAGAAUUCUGAUAACAACAAUCAUCUGAAUAAAAUUGACUAAUUAAUAAAGGAGAAAAAGAAUAAGACAAAGAAAAAAGCUGCGCAUAAAAAAUAGUGA